UGUUUCUUCUCAUCUCGUUGCAGGCAAAAAUACACAGCACAAUAGCAGAAUUAUAACACCAUACACAAACACAGAAGUCAACUUCCCAUUCUCCCAGCCUUUAGACCCUGGCGAAAUUGGAAGCAGCUCGCGCGUUAAGUGAAACCCCCAUUCGGGAAAUUCUGGGAAAGGCUGCGACGCGUAAUUUGAAGUGACAAUGCCGGGUGUGGUAUUUUUAAUUGUUGUGCCAACAGCUAAUUUUGAGCGUGAGCUUUAUUUUGGUAACAAUCCGGAAUUGUCAACUUCAAAUCUACCCUUGCAGAACAUAGUCAGCAAGACAGGCCAUGCUGGCAUUGGAGUUGGGGGAGGAGGCAAUAAUAACCUGAACAUCAAUCUUCCGGAAAAUAACAACGCCAUAUUAAGACUUGAAGUCGAACUACGUGACAAGCAUGCACCCAAGUACCGACGUGCAGCUGGCAUUGGUUUGCCAACGGCACCCGCUGUUGGUUAUGGCGGUGGCCGCGGCCGUGGAGGCGGAGGAGCAGCAAGGCCAGGUGGUCAUAAUCGUACACCGGGGGAGAAUGUCACAACUGUCAUGACGGACCUAAAGGGUAAUGCCAUUAUUCCUUUGGAAAAGGUCCUAGAAGAAUUAUUGGUAAAGUUAGAUAUUGAGCAUGUUACCUGGACGACAAGUAAAAAGGGAUACUUUCAUCAUGUUGUUUUUCCCCUGCAAUCUGGAGAGCCAUGUGAGACCACUUUACAUUGUUUAACCGAGUUGGGUAUUGGCACUAAAUUGAAUUCUAGUGUCAGCGUAUUACCUUGCAGCGUGAGCUAUGAUGCCCUAACAGUGGUCGAAGAUGUGAACGAUGCCAUGGAUGGCGAAGAGCUAUCGAAAUGGAACAAUUUUGUGGAAUCAAUUAAAUCGAAGUUAACCGUGAAACAGGUCGUUGAUGGCGUUCGUGCCGGUGGUUCAUUGUCCUUUGAUUAUCUGCUGCUAAUUGUAACGGCUGACUCCUUGGCUGCUUUGGGCUUAGUGGAGAACAAUGCCCCAAAUAUUACAGCAGCUAUGUUAGUAUCACCAUUGAUGGGUCCAGUGAUGUCAAUAACAUUUGGUGCCAUUAUUUCGGAUAGGGAAUUGAUUCGCGUUGGUUUUAUUUCCCUGGCUUUGGGCAUGUUCAUAUCCUGUCUAUUUGGUUUUAUAUUUGGCUUAAUAUUGGGCACCACAGAAAUGCCUUGGGGAGCUGGUGAUUGGCCCACUGAAGAAAUGAGAGGAAGAGGCAAUGUGCGUUCCUUGUGGAUGGGUGUACUAUGGGCAUUGACCUCAGGCACUGGUGUAGCAGUGGCUUUAUUGCAAGGCUCUGCGGGUCCUUUGAUUGGUGUGGCCAUUUCAGCUUCCCUUUUGCCGCCGGUGGUGAAUUGUGGUCUCUUUUGGGCAUUGGCAUGUAUUUGGCUGAUUUAUCCUGGCACUCGUAUACCCCACAUCAAGGGCGAACGCCUAAAUGAGACAUCACAGUAUCCAUUCCUCUAUACGGACUAUUUACCCACUGAGUUUCUGAUCAAUGGCAUUGUGUCCUGUCUGCUGACGGUGGUAAAUGUGAUUUGCAUUUUUAUUACCGCCAUAAUAGUGUUGAAAAUUAAGGAAGUCUCGGCGCCAUAUACCGCCAGUCCAGAUUUAAAACGAUUCUGGGAAACUGAUUUACGCACUGUACGCAAAACCAAUCGAUCAACUAUGCGUCAACGUCGUGGUGGCGGUGGACCUGGGGCAGGUGGCACUGUGGCAUUCCGUGAUAAAUUACUGAGUGGCUAUCAAGGACUCGAAGAGCAUCGCAGUCCUGAAAUGGAUAGUGUGCUGGAACAGGCUUUAAAGGAGGCAGAGGAUGAUGUGACCUUUAAGAAGGUUAAGCGCAUGAGUUAUUCCAGCAAUGCAGCGGGAGAGCUUACUCAGCGUUUAGCCAAAUUGGCGGGUCUUAAUAAACAGGCAACGGAUUUGGGUGGCCUGGGCACAUCUGCUGGCAGUCAUGGGGGCAGUCGCAUGAAUUCAAUACGUGGCUCGAGUAGAAAAGUCGAUUUAAAAGCUCUAGACAAACUGGUAACAAAUCUAUUGGAACAACAGGCCUCGGCACCCCAACACUCAACAGCAGGCAGCGAAUUGGGCUCCUCCACCAUAUAUGCUUCGACACCAGCAAAAAAUCGCAAAGCCUCAGUGAAAUUAAAUCGUUGGCGUCCCACAUCACGUUCAGCACAUAGUUUUAAUAUUACCGAGGGUACAAACAACUUCAACACAGACCAUGAAACAUCGAAUGGCUCCGGCUCAGGAAGUGGUGGUGGAGGAGGAGGAGGAGGCAGUAGUGGUGGUGAUAUGCAACCCAUGCCCACCAUCAUGGAAAGUUCAACGACUCCUUCGACGGGCAAAAAUAACAAUGAAAGGCCAUCUCGCGGCAGUCUGACCCGUUCGCAGCGUUCAUCAUGGUCAAGUUCUUUGGAUCGCACUCCGGGUGCAGUGCGCAAUGUUUUAAGGAAUAUCUCAGCAGCCACCGUACAAACUGGCACUGGUGGUGGCAGUGAGGAGAAUCUUAAUUUGACCAAAAAUUUUGUACCCUAAAUUGAGGGGAGAAUAUUUUGAAAAACCUCCCAAUUUCGAAUGGAGUAGAUAUUGAGCAAGCACCAAUAUCCCAAAGAUGUGAAAUAAAUUAUUCUGUAGUUGUAAAUGAAAGUUAAUUAGAGAAGCAUAAAUAAACAGCCUGAAAACACGAGAUGACAGUAUCUGUAGCGCAAAAAAUUAAUUAACUUUGAAUGGCAUAUCAGAUGAUAACCAGUAACAGUAUCAGCAAAAGCAAAGUAACCAAAUUCAAUUUUUUUUUAUCUUUUUCGCAGAAAAGCAUGCCAGAUUUUGCGAUAGAUGCAAAUGUUGUAUUGAAACAGUUUGAGGUUUGCAAACGUUAGCAAAGAACAGGUAAAAGAUGGAAGUAGAAUAGCCAUAAUUCAAUGGAAAUUUCUUUAAGGUUAAGGAAAUUUC